GAGAGAUGUAGGCAGCACGUGACGUCACGUGACAAAGGAGCCACUCGGUAUUCCGCGCGCGUCCCCGCGCGUCUUUGUCUCCCCCCCCCCGGCAACCCCCAAAGACUCCGUGAGCAGCACGGCGCUCAACCACUGCCCCCCCCCCCUCCUGACACCCCUCCUCCUGACACCCUCACUGCUGACACCCUCACUGCUGACACCCUCACUGCUGACACCCUCACUGCUGACACCCUCACUGCUGACACCCUCACUGCCACUGCUGCCGGCCAGCAGCAGCAGCAGUGAGCCAGCGACGACGGCGGCGGCGGCUGCAGGAGACUUCGCUGCAGCAGCAGCAGCAGCAGCGAGGCGCUCCCGUCCAAGAAUGCAGGCCCACGUGUGCAUCGCUGUGCUGCUGCUGGAGCUGUCCGCUGUGGUGCAUUGUGGGAAACUCGCAGCACACGGAGAGGUCCCCGCAGAGGCCCCGGGCGGGGUGAGCGGGGGGGUCGUGGCGGCCGGGUGCGGGCCCUGGCAGUGGGGGCCGUGCGUCCCCACGACGGGCGACUGCGGACCGGGGAGCCGCGAGAGCACCCGGGGGGGCCCGGGGGGGCCCUGCCCCCUCGAGACGCAACGUUUCCGCUGCAAGUUCCCCUGCAACUGGAAGAAGGAGUUUGGAGCUGACUGCAAGUACCACUUCGAGUCGUGGGGGGAGUGCGAGCGAGAGGCGCGCGUCAAGUGGCGCACGGGGACCCUGAAGCGCGCCCUGCACGGCGCCACGUGCGCCGCCAGCGUGCGAGCGCGCAAGCCGUGCAGGGCGCAGCGCCCCGCGGGGACACGAGGCCCCAAAAUCCGCAAGCAGAAGGGGGGCAAGCGGGGGCGGGGCGGUCCCGCUGGGCGGGGCCACGAGGCCCCAGGCGGUGACGGGAACACGAUGACCACCACCACCACGACCACGACCACGCGGGAGACCGGGACCCGCUGAGGCCCGCCGGGUGACGGGGGGAGGGGGGGCCAGGUCGGAGCCUCGGAUUGGGGGGGGGCGGGGGUCAGCGUAGGUCGUGAGAUAUAGGGGGGUCUGGGUCGUCUCGGCCAGCAGGAGACUUGGGGGUGUGGUGGUGGGGGGUGGAUGGAUGAGAGAUCCACCACCCCCCCACUAAACCCUCACGUUUUAUUAAUGUUUGAAUGCUUCGCUUACAGAGUAACUAAUGAUAUAACAAUGGAUAAACACGACAGCGAGGGUACGAGGACACUGUGAGAUGGGGACGGCACUGCAGAGUCAACUGCAUACCUUUGUGUCUCUUCAUCACUCA